CAAAAUAUAGCCAUUAACCAAAUCCCCAAAAAAAUGGAGGAAAUUCCAGUCAAAUCUGAAGAUAAACAAACCCCUGAUCAAGAUUUCACAAACAUCCAUCUCCGGCUUCUAGACCUCUCCGACAUCAACGAUUACAUGGUCUGGGUUACGGACGACAAAGUCAACCAAUUUUGCUCAUGGGGCCGUAACACAUCAAAAGAAGUUGCCAUGAAACAUAUAGCCGAUUUCAUAAUCCCCCACCCUUGGUACAGGGCAAUCUGCAUCGACGACCGCCCGAUCGGAGAAAUUUCCGUCACGCCAACCGGGGGACCUUACCGUAAUAAGGCGGCAAUUGGGUAUGUUUUGGGAUCAAAGUACUGGGGCAAAGGGAUUGCCACUAGGGCUGUGAAAAAAGUUGCUGCUGAAAUAUUUGUUGAGUGGCCACAUUUGGUGAGGCUUGAGGGUUUCGUGGAUGUUGACAAUAUAGCGUCACAAAAGGUGUUGGAGAAAGCUGGGUUUCAGAAGGGGGGUGUUUUGAGAAAGUUUUAUAUUCAGAAGGGGAGAGCUAGGGAUGUAGUUGCGUUUAGUGUUUUAUCCCCCAUAUUUUUUGAAGAAGCUGGAUACAAUGAAGGAAUGUCCGAAAAAAAAAUGAAAAGUAUCUAUGGUGGAUACGGUCGUAAAUCCACGAAAGAGUCCGGAUCUCAUAACAAGAAGAAAUUUUUUAAAAGUAUAGAGGGAGAGAACCGGAAGAGAGCAAAGGGUCUUUUCUGGCUUGUGCUUCUUGGCAGCUGUCUGGCAUUGGGUGUAUUGAGAUCUCGAUAUACUUUGCGAUGAACGUACUUGAAAACCUUCUUUGGAUUUGCUCAAGAUCUUUGAAAUUCAUUUAUUUCUCCAAGGGGUGGCUUGCUUUGAUCCCCAAGUGAAGUAAGUUAGGGUUUUUUUUUUUUCCGAUCGAUUUCCUUUUCGUCGGAAGAGUUUCAGUUGUGGUGUCUCAAAGCAAAAGUGCUAGGUACAAAGAAAGUGUACCCGGAAAUUAUCCAGAAUACACUUGUAGAUUAACGUGAUAGUACCUAGCAUUCCUCGUCUUAAAGUAGAGUGUUUUGCAGGAGUAUGUUUUAUUGAAAGCCUGUACGUACAGAUUAACGUGGUAGUAAUAUUUUGGUAA